GGAAACUUGGAGAAAGAAAAGGGUUUAUUAAAUUUUUAGAUUAAUUUAGGGACACAAAUGCACACAUGUUAAUCGCUUUUUAAUGUUGUAAGUGCCAACAUAUUUUCCGAUCAAUUUUUAGAACCAGAAUUUUAUUCCUAUUUUUAAUCCUUUUUUUAACCGUUCUUAAUUAAUAUUUUUUCACUGAUUUGGGUUUUCUGAUUAUAUUACGAUUCUGUUCAACUAAAUUUUGUCAAAUUAUAAGAUGCACACUAGUCAUGAACAGUAGUUUUAAUGAAUUGUAGUCCUAUUGAUUAUUCAUUAGUUUCAUCGCUACUGCCAUGCCCUUCCCUUGGAGCCUAAUAGUUUUGAAAAUACUGUUAUAUUUUAUAAAAAUGUUUAUGCAGUUCAGCAAAUGUUAAAAUCUAGUCUUCAGUCUAUAGAAAUUUUUCCAGAUUUUUAUUUUAUUAUAUUUUAAGUUCCUAGCUAUAACUUCUUAAAUGUGCAUUAUGGAUAUUUUAACUCUUGUGAUUAUUUCCUUUGAAUUCAUAUGAUUUGUUUAAAUUCUAUCAUUCUAUUUGUACAUACAAUAUGAAUUAUUAUUUGCUAUAGUUUUAGUCAUAUUUUAGCAAUGUACAUCUUGCUUUACACCAAUCUUGUCAUGUCAAAUUAUUCUUCAAUUUGUUAAUAAUCUUGUCAAAUCCGUGUCCUAGUAAAUUUGCAUCCAACUAACUGUUUUAUAUUUCUAGAAACAAUGAACACCUUCAUCAAGCUUUGCAAAAAUAUUUUUGGAAAUCUCGGGACUUACUAGAACUUUGAAGAACAAUAUGUUCCUACCUGCGGCCUCUGCACCCCACUAUCAUGCUAGGCCGGAAGAUAUCUCCAGUCUUAAGGACUGUUCAGAGAAUCGAAGGUUUAACCUCGCGGCUAAUCAUGUGAUACAAAUCCCUCCCUCGCCUCCCAAAUCCAACCAUGUCUCCAGUAUUAGACCAGACCAGGAGAAUAUUCCAACCUUGUCACCUAAACAGAAGAAAAUAUUUACCUCCUCGUGUAAAGAAAUGCGAGAAGAUACAACCGAGGAAGAAUCUCGACCAAAAGUAAUAAACCUUCUCCGUGCUCGUACAAUCCAACCCACCUAUGAUAAUACAAAUAACAUUCCAUCCAGCAUUAUUAAUGAUCAAAAUAAAGUAAAGAAUGAACAUGGUCUUCCAUCAAUUUAUACGGAAAAUAUUUUAAAUUGCAAAAAAGUGGAUAACGUCCAACAGCUUCCUGAUGUCGAACAACAGCUUGCUGAUCAUGAACAGCUUCUAGAUCCUGAACAACAGCAUAAUAAUGUUAAACAGCUUUACAAUGUUGAAAAGCGUCCUGAUUAUGAACAACGGCUUCCUGAUGUUAAACAGAAGCUUCUUGAUGUUGAAGAGCAGGUUCCGUAUGUUGAACAUCAGCCUCAAAACGUCAAGCAACAGCUUCCUGGUGUUAAUAAACAGCUUAAUAUUGUCGACAAUAAGCUGACUCUUGUUGAAGAAACUCUUCUCAAUGAUUUAAAACAGCUUCAAGGUCAUAGAAAUCAAGGUCCUACAACUCAAGUCAAUCUCUCAAAUCGCAAAUUGCAAGACGACAUUGUCCCAAACAUUGACUCUACAACAGAAUCAUCUAUUAGUGUCGGAGAUAAACAGUGGCAAGUUAAUGUAAAGAAUAUUAACCUCUCAGUUGAAGAGCUGAAGAAUCUGAUUGACGAUGAGAAUAAUUGUGAACGUUUCUACUCCAAUGAAUUUUUGGACCAAUGCCUCCUUAAAUGCUGGUUAUGUGGGGAAGAGGAACCAAAGCACCAGUUUAGAUCACACCUUAAGACAGUGCACUCUACAUGGAUUAAAGCAUAUAAAUCAUUAUUUGGAGGACUAACAUACAGUCGAAUAGUUUUCCACAAAUGUGAUCUAUGUGGUGAAGAUAUACAGAUGGAAAAUAAAUUUCUCAAAAAUCACUUCAGGUUUCACGGGUUAUCCUUCCAUGAUUACAGAACUAGGUUUCCAGGAGUUCCUGGAUAUACAGAGGAAGAACAAGCUUCUCAGCUUAAGGAUGAACACUCGGUUAACCAGAAUUCCACGAUUGAAAGGUCGGAGAUGCUACCACAUCCUAAUUUAGAGGACUCCAACAAAAAGCUAGAGAACGAGGAUACAGCUAAGGAUCUAGAAUCUGUCUGCACCUCAGAGAUUGCUCUUAUCAAACCCAUUUCAAAACUUGAAAAUUCCUUGACAAGUCCCCACUCUGAUGAAGGCAAUGAGGAUGAACAAUCUAAGACUAGAGAGGACAGAAGGGAGAAUAGAAGAAUAAAAAAAACCUGCCUGGAAAAAGAAGAAUUACCGUUCCACAUGUUUAAUAAGCAUCUUCUAAACAAGCAUGACCUGAAACUCCCAGAAUAUAGACGGCAGCAUGGGAUUCCCAAAUUUGCAGAAUGCAUGUCAGAAAAGAAACAGGAAAAAUGUAAUGAUGAAAUUGCAGAAUCGGAAAGAAAUGUAGGAAAUGAAGAUGAAGGAUCUACGAUUAGAAAGGAGAAAAAGGAGAAGAAAAGAAUGAAAACAACCUGCCUUGAAUGCAAAGAAGCAUUGCCAUCCUACAAGCUGAAUAAGCAUCUUCAAACAAAGCAUAUGCUUAAACCUAGUGAAUAUAGACGGAAGCAUGGGAUUGCAAGCAUUUCCCAAUUUUCAGAAUGUAAGUUAGGAAGGGAAAAGGAAAAAUGUAAUGAGGAAAUCGCAGAAAUCGCAGAAAUCACAGAAUCGGAAAGAAAUGUAGAAAAUGAAGAUGAAGGAUCUAAGAGGAGAGAGAAUAGAAGAAUGAAAAUAACCUGCCUGGAAUGCAAAGAAGCAUUGCCAUCCUCCAAGCUGAAUAAGCAUCUUCAAACAAAGCAUAUGCUUAAAUCUAGAGAAUAUAGACGGAAGCAUGGGAUUGCAAGAAAAUCAAAAUCAUCAGUAUGCAAGUUAGGAAGGGAAAAGGAAAAAUGUAAUGAGGAAAUCGCAAAAAUCGCAGAAUCGGAAAGUAAUGUAGGAAAUGAAGAUGAAGGACCUAAGAGGAGAGAGAAUAAAAGAUUGAAAAUAACCUGCCUGGAAUACAAAGAAGCAUUGCCAUCCUCCAAGCUGAAUAAACAUCUUCAAACAAAGCAUAAUCUUAAACCUAGAGAAUAUAGACGGAAGCAUGGGAUUGCAAGAAAAUCAAAAUCAUCAGUAUGCAAGUUAGAAAAAGAAUAUACGGAACGAAAUGAGGAAAUCGCACAACUAAAACCAAAUAAACUUAAGAUUGAUCUUAAACGUUUGAAAGUUACAAUAUCAGAAGACGUGGCACUCGUCAAAGCCCCUGUAGUUGUUCCGAUUCUGAAAAGAAGUUCGACAUCACCAAAUCCCGAUCUGAUUGAAAAUGGUGGCAAAAAGUUUUCUGAUAUUUUAGCAGACCAGUGCAUUUUCCAAUGUGAAGUUUGUCAUCAGCAUAUGAAUAGGAAGCAGUUAACUAAGCAUGUUGUCAAGAAGCACCAAAAGACCUGGCAGAGUUACAAGGAUGUAUACGGGGAUUUUAAUCCAAUCUCAGAUGUUUUCUACAGGUGUAAGUGUUGUCAGGCAGAGAUGUUGUUUGUUUAUGAGCUUGUACUAAUGCACUGCAGAACUGUACAUAAGAUGAGCUUCCCGGAUUACAGGACGAAAUACUCUGCGUUCAGUGAAGAUGUAUCUCGAGUUUUCUCAAGAAAUUGGUCGGAUGCUUGCACGUGCCUGUGUCCCUUCUGUAGCAAGGUCUUUCCUCACGGACAACUCCUACAUCAUACGAAAAGUGUACAUAAAAAGCGUCCAGGACCGUAUCAAUACGUAAAGAAGACUUAUUAUAGGUGUAUAAUAUGUACCUCAGUUAUACAACUUACAAAAAAUGAUAUCCGUGAUCAUUUACGGACGAUCCAUGGGCUUACUUUGGAGGAGUACAUGAAGUAUCCAGGAGCCUUUGAAGGUGGUUGCCUGGACGAUACGGAAAUAGGACACGACAGAGAUGAUAUUAAAGAAUUAGACAGUCCUGGGGUAGAAGAAUCUCAAAAGGAUCAAAUAGAAUCAAUUAUACAAGAUACGGACAAUAAUUAUCUUUGUGAUUCAGGAGUUGAUAUGAAAUAUUUUGAUAAAAUAUUGUCUGACCUUGGAGCCAAGAACAAUGAGAAUGAUGUUAGGGAGCAAGAAGAUUCUGAAGUUGAUCAUCAGAAAGAUAAAAAAGAAAAUAACACAACUAAUGAACAGAUGAAUGGUGAACCAAGGAGAAAUGAAAAUCUGAACGAGAACAAAGAAGAGAACGGUUUAAAUAAUAAAGAUAAAAAUGCCAAAGAUAGCAAAGUAUCUAAUGAAAAAGUUGAAAGGAUCAAUAAAAGUGAAGCUGAUAUUAAAAAUGCUGAUGAAGAUGAUAAAGAAGAUGCUAAUGAUGAUGAAAAACCUAGUGAAGUUUAUAAAAAACUAAGCACGGAUGAUCAGAAUCAGGAAAACGCAGGAACAAAUUCCUUUGUAGAAGUUAAAGAGUUGUUAACAGAACUAGACAAUGGAAAUAAUAGCAUUGACGAGAGUGAAUCAGAAAGUCAACUUACUGUUAUAGAGUCUACAGACAUUGAACUUAUACAAGUAAGAAAUCUUCAAGAAUUUGGCCUUAAUGUCAAUGAGGUAGAGUGUACAGUACAAUGUUAUGAGGAGGAGGUGAUGGAUUGUGAUCCAGAGAAUAAUUUUGAAGUAGUGAUAGAACAUUGUGCAUUAGAUGAAAAAGUCGUAGAUCACGAAGCAGCUGAAGAUCACAGAGCAGUGAAAGAUCACAAUUUAAGUGAAGAUUAUAAAGCAGUGAAAGAUCACGAAACUGUGGAAGCAAUGGAAGAUCAUCAAAUAAUGGAAGAUCGCAAGGCAGUGGAGGAUCCCAAGGCAAUGGAGGGUCGAGAAGUAUUGGGAAACAAAGAAAAUUUCAUAAAGUUUACUACUUCAGUAGUCCAGAAAGAACCAAACAAGAGAAAGAAUGACUUCCACACUAAAAUUCAGGCACACAUUAAAAAAAUAGAAAAAGAAAUAAAAAAUAGUUUUUUGUUAAAUCUAUCCCCUAAACAGAACUUACUGGCCGAUGUAGAGAGAGAACAAUUGCCUGCUUUUUCACAAGAAAAGUUUGUUCCUGACCGGCCAAAACGAAAAAGAAAAGCGCGUUACUACGCUGAUUUUGUAGAAAUUGGCGAAUCCGACACUAAUGAGGAAAAUUGCAUUAAACGAAAACGAAAAACUUCCGUAGUUUUGGAGAUUUCACACCCCUCACCACCCAUAUCUGCUGCGGCAGCCAAUAUGACCGCUACGAGAUAUACUCAGCAUAUUUCUGGGUUAAGGACAGCUGGAGUGACUUCACCCGGCAAUGUAGAAAUUAACUCUUUAAAUCAUCUAGUUCCUGAUUCGGUGAAGAUUGAAACCCAAGAAGAUAAAGUACCUAGUACCGAAACUAAAGCUGAGUUAUCAGGAGAUGUCGUCUUCCUAUGCCCGUUCUUACUUGAUGGAUGCAAGACAGUGACGGAUCUAAAUGGAUUACAGAGUGGAACUGCAUCCCGCCAUUGUAUCUCCGUUCACAAAACAGUUCCCUACAUGAUGGCUAAGAAGAACAUUACCUGGAAAAAAGUGGAAAAAACCUCUGUUGAUUUUUCAAUAUUUGUUCCACUAUAAAAUAUGUUAAAUUUUUUGUUCAGAAUUUUCUCGGAAAUUUAAAAUUUGUUUCAAACAAAUCUAACUUUUCCAUUCUAUAUACAACAUACAUGAAUUUAAGCUGUUACCUUGUUUAUAAGUGCCUGAUUUGAUACCUCAUAGAAAUCAUAUCUAUAUUAAUCCAUGAAAAUUUCAUAUAUAUUUUUUAAAGUGUCAUUUAUAUCUUUCUAUUUUUUAGAA